CGCGCUCAGGGCCGGCGGGGCCGCCGCUUUGGGGCUUGGGCGAGCUGCCCUGUGCGCCUGCAUUACCGCGCGGUGAUAACGCGCUUUGCUGAGGUGUUAAAAGCGUGGAAAUUCCCAGAUCCUGCUUGUGGGAAGCAGCGGUGCCCCUGACUCCCGGGGGGGGGGGCGGGGGGGGGGGGGGAAGGCAAAGCAAUGUAUUUGUAUUUGUGCCUUUCGGCCAGAGAGGAAGUGCAAUUUUUGGUUCAUGAAGCAUGAGAGACCCACCUGGAUGCGUUCCUGUGUAACCUGUGCUAGGUGACCUUUAGAUGAUCUCCUUUCCAACCCUAACGAUUGUGUGAUUCUCUUGGGCACCUAGUCGGGUGGCUGCAAAACAGCACUGCAGGUCGGCAGGGCCGUUCGUGUUUCUGGGGCUGAGCAUGUUCAGCUGCGAAACAAAUACCUGCAGCAGUUCUUGAAGUGGAUGAUCCGCGCCCUGGCUCUUCCCCAAACUGCAUCUUGCAUGUGCAACCUCACUUGGAAAUAUUUCUAGUAGCUCCACAUGACACUGUGCCGUGAAGCAUUAAUGUGAUCCUCAAAAAAGAAAGUGCUGAUGAAAAGGUUUCUGAAGAACUUCACCCAAAGUAGUUGUCAAUGAUGAAAUCAUGCCAGCGCAGUCUUUUACCAUGCAAAUGACCGUUUCUGACUCUUGAGAUGUCAGCGUCAGAAGCGCACAAAUUCGGAGCAGUGAGCCCCAUCUUAUGACACGCAGGACGCUGUUUGUUAGGGCUCUGUGGUCUAGUAAGCGCUGCGAGGCCGGUGCCGCCCGAGGGGCAGCGAGGCGCCGCCACAAGAUGGCGGACGCAGCUGAGGGGGACGGGCCGCCGCCUGAGGAGGCGCCGGGGGAGCGGAGCGGCCGCACCAUGGAGCGGCGGGGGAGCGGCGGCAACAGCGACACGGACAGCGACGAGACCGUCGUGGAGGGCUCUGUGACGGAGAGUGAUGUGGAGGAAGAGGAGUUCCGUAGGAGGAGGUUGGCUUUUCUUAACAAGGACAUUGCUUUAACAGCUGAGAUAAGUAUUAAUAAAGGAGCUUUUUCACCAGAAAUCUGUUUUACACAGAAAUUCAGUGACCGCGCAUAUUAUCAUAAGGAGGAACAGAUAAAUCCAAUACUUCAAGAGGCACACAUGUCUGACCAGUCUCAGUCUCUAUUGAAGGGUUGGAUAAACCAUUCAUCACCUACUGAAAAUAUUUCUAAGCCUGGUUUUUCAUUAAAUUCUGCAGAAGAAGAACAGCAGAAUAAUUCUAUAGAUAUCAAAUUGAAUGGAUUUCAGAAAGAUUCAGAAGAAAAGAUAUCACAAAAAUUAAGUAAUGAAGAUUGCAGCCUCUGUCUAGAUGCUCCUGUCGAAGACAUAGUGACAGUUCUAAAGGAACAGAUACCAGAAGAUACAUUUCCACAUGUUUUAGAUAAUUGCCACAGAACCUGCAUGACCAUUAUUGGCACAGAUAACACAGUAAAAGAGCAUUCCCUUAAUAAUGAUACAGAUCUUUCACUGUCAUCCCCAGGGAAGAUUUUCAUGGACGUACUCACUGAACAGAAUAUAGAGACUAGUGAAGUUGACAUCAGUGAUUUGUUGAGAUACCCUAGUGAUUCUGAGAGUCUUAAAGUUAAAAACCCAUUGCCUGGCAAGUUAGAGUGUCAGGAUCAUGACUAUUCCAUCAACCCAUCAGCAUCUGAGAGCAGUGAUGCCCUGCCAGUAGAGCUUGUGGCACCUCUGAAUGGCUUGUCAGGAUCAAUGGUACAGGCUGCCACUCCUGCAGUGCCAAAUGAAGGACAGCUUAACGCCAAGGAAGAGCAGGUAAAUUCAGAACCCAGUGUUCUGCAGCUAGAUGACGACUGUACGCAAAUAAUAAACGUGAUGGAGCCUCAACUUGGUACAAUUCAGAUGGAAGAAAUAAAUGCUUUCACAGGAUCUAACUUACAGAGCACAACGAAUCAGCAACCUGUGGGUGGUCAGCAGGGAGAGAAAGAAGUAACUUCAGUUUACUUGGAUGCCACCUUUAGUGAAAAGCAAACUGGUGAGGGACAUUCACAUUCAGUGAAGUCUGCAGCAUGUGUAGAAACAGCCCAAACAACAUCAAGUAAAAUUCAGAAAUCUACUUCUGAAGACAAGCAGGACCUAGAAACCAUCAUAUGGCAAGAAAUAAUUCUGAAUGAGUAUGCAGAAGCUAAGCAGAGGAGACGGAGUAAGAGAAUCGACAACAAACGGAAACGAGAAGCCUUUGGUAGGAAUUCUGUAAAUCCAACUCGCCCCCUUUCACUUUCAACAAUCCACAGGAGGAAUGCGUAUGGUGAGAACUUACUGCAUAGAGCUGUUAUUCACCAGGACAUAGAUCUUGUACGUAGGAUAAUAAAAGCCGGUGGAAAAGUAAAUGCUCAGGAUUAUGCUGGCUUGACUGCGCUACAUAUAGCAAGCGUGGAAGGCUUUUAUGGGAUAGCAAAUCUGCUUUUGAAAGCAGGAGCUGAUGUUAAUGCUACACAAAGGGAGCAAAUAACACCCUUGCAAGAUGCAGUUAAAGAAGGUCAUUAUGAGAUGGCGAACUUAUUACUUUGGUAUGGAGCUGAUCCCUUAUUAAAAAACCAGGUGGGAAGGUGUGCAUUAGAAGAAACUUCUGACCCAUCUAUGAGGAAACUUCUUAAAAGUUAUGUAGCAAAAUCCAGAAGAUAUUCAGUAGCAGGUGGAGAUGAUUCAAAGAAUAUGUUAAAUACUCAGUGUAUAGAAGAUGCAAGCCAGCACCAGAUUUCCUUACAGACAGAGGAGUCAGAACCAGCAUGUGCAAAUCCUCAGGAGACAAGGCAAAAAGCAAAGGCAGCCUCAUAUUCCAGCAGCAGCAACAACAAGCUUUCAUCUAAUCAAUCACAAUUGAGUCAAGCAUCAGAACAGCAAACAUCUAAGAAGUCAGAAUCUACCAGGGAAGAAGCUGUAAUUGUACAUGGUGCCCGUAAUACAAGAGCCGGGAGAAAGAUGAAAAUUAGGAGAAAUGAGAAAGGGGAAACUCAGCUGCAUAUUGCUGCUAGGAGAGGAGAUGUGUCUUUGGUGAAGACUCUAAUAUCAUCUGGAAUUUGUGUCAAUGAACAGGACUACGCAGGUUGGACAGCAAUUCAUGAAGCCUCCAACAGAGGAUUUACUGAUGUGAUCUUAGAAUUACUGAAAGCAGGUGCUGAUGUUAACAGCAGAAGUCUCUGUGGUGUUUUACCAAUACACGAUGCUGUUUCUGGCAAUUAUUUGGAGGCAGUCAGGAUUCUGCUGCAGCAUGGAGCGAAUCCCAAUGAGAGGGAUGGUUCAGGAGAAAGUGCUUUGAAUCAAGCUUGUGAUGAAGAAAUGAAAGAUCUGCUGAAGUCGUAUGGUGCUACGGACUCUCUACUUCCUGUUCAAAAUAUUGAAGUUACUGAGGGGAAAUCAAAACAUCAUUGUUACGACUACUAUAAAAAUGAUUAUGCAGCUUUGGAGCCACAACAUGAGAAAUACAGUGUGGAGUCUGUUGCUGCCAUACAAGAUACAGAAAAGAAGCAGGAAGAACUGUUGCUGUUUGAAUUGAGAACUUCCAAAGAUGCAGAUUUGUAUAUGCAAAGCCUGUCUCAGAUACAACAUACUUUGAAUGAAAUACUUGCAAACCAGAAAACAGAGAGGGAUACCCUUGCUAAAAAAUACAGGGCUUCAGUGGAAUCAUUUAAAAAAGGUGCACUGAGAAAACAAUUAGUUAACCUUGCUUUUAGGCAAAAGAGCCUGUUGACUGUUGCCCAAAACCAGGAAAAAUUAGUGCAGAAAAUACAAAAUUACAGAAAAACAAAGCAAAUGUUCAGUUCAUCAUCAGAGAAGCAAAUCUCAAACUUAGUUAUUUUUCAUGGAAGUGAUACAAGACAAAGUUUAACUGCUGAUGAAAUCAUGUGUCCUAAUGCAGUAACAUUUAGUAUGGGGCUUGGUGCCAACACACCUAAUGGAAAGAGAGUAGAAGCACAUGUCUCUCCAGAAAAAAGAUUUUCAGCUCAGGAAUGCAUCCAGCAGCCACACAUCUAUUUGAAUAAGACAGGAGCAGAUGAAGAAGCACUUACAAGCAAAGGGGCUUCUGAUCAUGCUUUGGCAUCUGAAAACAGGUUAAGAGAAUAUCCCUUUGACAACAUGUCAAAGCUGACAAAUGCUGCGGAAGUGAUGACAUUGCCUUCAGAACCUGCUAUUUCCACUAUUAAAACAAAGUGCUCAGAGCAAAAAGACAUUGAUUGUGUAGCAACUGUAGAACAAGGAAACAAGUAUUUAAAUCUCACUUCAAUGACCCACACAUUAAAUACUGUAGAACCCCGAAGCACUGUUGUCAAUGUCUGUCAGACAACCAGUGACUGCAAGCAGGUUCCUUCACAUGAGGAUCUACACAGAUACAUGAAUAAGAAAGAAGCUUUCCAGCAGAAGCAGACACAGCAAGUAAUUUUGUUAGCAUCUACAAAGAACUUCUCUAAUACUUUGCAGCAAAUGGCCUUUCAGAGUAAUGAGAAUUCAUUUAAUGCCAACCUGGUUCUUACUAAUCUUACCUCAAAUACAGAUUCUCCAGUAAAUGUCAGUGAGAAGUCUUCACAGAGCUAUAGCAAUCAGGAAUGGGAACAAAGCCAAGUGAGGUAUGGACAGAGGACUAGGAAAAAGCAUCAAUUGAUAGAUCUGCUUGAAUUGGGAAGGAUAAAGCCAGGAGAAAAUGUUUUAGAAUUCAAACUGCAGGAAUUUAGUUAUAAAGCUACACUCUUAAAGAAUGGCAAGAUCAGAACCAGUAAGGGACAAAUACUGCAGAAUCCAGUUCAGUGGAUUAAAGAUAUACUAGGAAGUGAUAUUUCUGUGACGUGGAAGUAUGUGUGGAAUAAGGUUACGUAUCUUGGGACAGAAUUGUCAAAAUUUAGUGUUGAUGAAGUAUCAGAUUCCAGUGACCUGGAGUUACCAACGCAGGAAGGAAAGCCUGUGGGCUCUUCUGUCCAGUUCAACUCAGUGGAAAGCCUGACACAUUAUCUUCAAUUCCAUGAGACAGUACUGGUACAUAAAGAGGAAUUUCUACCAUGCUCUGCAAUGGAAAAGUACUGGAGUUUCUACAAAGAAUGCAAAAAUUUUGGAUUCUGAAGACUUCUUGAGUGCUGAAACUUUUUUCUUUGCCAUCACUUAAAAGUAAACAAUUGAGCUUUUAGAACUAAGUACUUUGUUACUGUCAUUUUGAUAAAUCAUUUUUCCAGCACUUGGAAUGAUGGAAAGUUUGUUUGGGUACGUGAGGAACAGGGAAGUACUGAGUAGCAAGUAAGGAUAACUGUCAAUAUUUAAUUUUGUGCUGCAAGAUUAAGAAAUGGGGAAGUAGAUAAGACUUACACAGUGAUGCUCAUUGUGAAUUAUACUCCAGGUUGAUAACGUGGUAUGAACUUUUAAGUUUUAAUUUAAGAAUAAAGUAACUGCCCAUGCUUGAUGGGGCAGCACAGAAACAGACAGGCAUCAACACUGACAGUCAUUUCUUACACUGAAACCUUGAACUGCUCUGGCUGAGCGUGGGCUAUCAGAAAUGGCAGUCCAUAUUUGUGUAAAAACAUAACCUGUUGAUUAGGCAAAAAAUCAAGAUAAGCAGCCUUCAAAAUCAUCAGCAGCUUUGUUUUAUGUGGCAUAUAUAUAUAUAUAUAUAUAUAUAUAUAUAUAUAAACAUUUGAGAAUGGGAGCAGGUUCUCAGAGAGGUUAAAAGGGGAAUCUUAGCUACUGGAAGUGCUCAGGAAAAUUCCAUUCAUGUUCCAGCCAAAUCUCUCUGAUAGGCAGAAAGUGUGCUGGCAUAGGACAGGAAAUGCUAUUAGCCUGUUUGCUGAACACGAAUUUCGCCAGUUAACAGUAUCUUACAUAUUCAUCCCAAUGUCUGGAGGAUUUCUAUUUGUUUUAAUUUUACAGUGUUUGAAUCUGCUUUAGCAGCAUAUUUGUAACACAUUUGACUGUUAAUUUGCAUUCAAGUGGCAUUCUUGCUCAUUCGUUCUUUGGAUUAUAAGAAGAGAUGGAAUAAUAGUAUCUGCUGCUCCUAACUCCAGUGAAUAGGAUGGGAAGUAUCUCCUGUUAAUACAUAACGUCAGCAAGCUAUUUGGAGUGUGAAGAGCUCUUCUGCAAAGAUUUUAUUAGUGUCUUAAACAGAAGUUUGUUUGGAGAAGUGAGAGGGGUCUGAUGUGCAGAGAGCUAGAGUACUGUGCCCUAGGAUGCAUGAGCAAUCAUAGCCUCAUGGGCUGUAAUAUUAAAGAAAUGCAAAUGGCCUGGAAGUCAAAAAAGGUAAAAGCUCCUUAGUAACAGGUAUUUUGUAAAGUCAGUUUCACAAAGAAAGAAAAUGGAGUGGUCUCACAACUGCAGCAGCAAAACAAACCUGAAGGCAUAUUGUUUCAAAGGAAGUGCUCAUUCAAAUACUGCACUUUCACUGAAAAGUAAAAGAGAUUUGACUGUUAAAAUGACCUCUGAAUUACCUGUUUGUUUGACAUUUUUUUCUUUGUUGCAAGAUGUCUAAUAAAAUUAAUGUACAAGAGAAUUUGACAGUAA